GAGUGUGAGUGUGAGUGGCGGGGGAGGGGGCGUUCCUCCCUACACUUGCGGAGGAUGGGAAGGGUGUUUGGUGUUGCUAAGCAAAGACUGCGACUUGGACAGUGGGAGCUUGUGGUGACAUCUUGAUUAGGCCUUGGGGACAGAUGUAGAGCUGCCCGAGGGGGAAAUGCCGAGACAGGCCUGGGUGGGAAUGGGUAAUAGAAUCGAGGUAAAGAAGAACCUUGGCAGCAGAUGCCUCACCCGGGAACAGAGAUCUGAGGGGCCUCAGCCUCUUCCCCACAAUAGAGCUGGGGAUGGGCGUCUUUCUUCGCUCCUGUACCCACUGUUUCCUGCUAGCAGGUUAGCAUCCUGCCACCCCGGAGCCCAUGGUCAAGAAAGGGAAAGCAGUUAGGAUGAGAGCAGAGAAGUGUGGAGGUUCUUGGACCUCAUGGCUGUUCCCUAGAGGCAGCCACUCUUUGAAGGGAUCGAGGAAGGGCAGCAGGAGUGGAGGGCUAGUCUCCUUCAGCAUGUGAAACACAUUUAGCUUGUGGGACAUUGCCUUGUUUCCUCUCUCUCCCUCCUGCUUUUCUGCCCUGGACCCACCUCCUUGUUCCUCUGAUGUCAACCUCAUGAUUUGGCUUUACCCUCUGGGGGUUCAGCCAAUCUAUGAUGACUGUGACCAAGAACAUUUCUCUGAGACCUGAGAGUGGCCUUAAUUCUUGGCUUUGACAGUCUGGGAUUUCUUGGGAGUCCCAGGCAUUUGAAGUUCCCUCCCUGGGGUUUCUGGGACCGACAGAGGAACUGCUGAACUUCCUAAAUCUGUCUCUAGGCCCCUUCACCCUCCGGCUAGAACUCAAAAUCCCUGGGUCCCUCCCCAUAAAGACUUUCUGGCCCCUGAAACAGAUUCAUUUUUAUGUAUUAGCCCCAGAAAAGCAGACUUGAGCCUAUUUUCCCUAGGGAUGGCAAUGGCAUCAAAGAGCCUCUCGAACUACUAGGCUGGCUCUGGAGGCACCUGCUCUUCCUCCUGUUCCCAGGCCUUCAUAAGGAAAGGCACAAGGGAUGUUUUCCUCUUAAUGCCCCUAAAUACCCCUUUAAGCAUAUUUUCUCCAUGUAUCAAGCCCCUGGCUCCAAGAGGCAGUCUCACCCUAGUAGGCUGGGACUAGAGAUGGAUUUCUAGCAAGUUUACUCAUUGUUUUAGGGUCAAGGACUCAGCACCAGGGCCCAGAGUCCAGUUCUUCCCCUAUUACUAACAUCAAGUGAUUUAGGGCAAGUCAGCACUAACGUCUGAAAAGGAACGAAGAGAUGCCCCUUUUAGCCCCUUUAACCAUAGCAAACCCUACCACUUAGUUAAAGGACGUAUUUUAAAACUAGGUCUGAAUCUACACAUCUCAACCCUCAACUCUGAGAUGUUUACUUCAUGAUAUGUAUGUGGUUCUGACUUGGGCAACUUUUCUAGAUAACCAUGGCUCAUCUAAAGAGCCCCAGCUGGGACAACUCAGUUUCAAGCUAUAAGGCAUUUUCUAUAGAGAGUGAACAAAUUUCCUCAGGCUUUGAUGGGAAAGAAUGGGGGAAAUGGGACUUUUAGAAGAGGAUAUGAAUGGGAAAUGGUCCCAAAGUCCUGAGUGGUUGUUUUCUUCCCACUGACCAAAGCUGGAGAGGGAUCCCUCAGGAGGGUGUGUUCCGGAUUACUUGCCUCAGGCCCAAGACUCCAACCAUUUUAUAAUGGAAUCUUUAUUUUGUGAAAGCUUGUGUGUACACAUCCAUGCAUGUUCACGUUAGCAGAUAAUGUAGAAGGCUAUGGGUGUGUUUACCCCUAUAGGUAUGUUCUCUUCAUGUGUAACUACAUCUGUGAUAUGUGUCUGUGUCUAUGUGUGUGUUUACCUACAUGUGUUUUAUUUCACCUAUAAAUUUGUGCACAAGAUUGUGGGGAGGAGGGAUUUUUUUUUUUAAAGACAUGAUUCAUAUCUUCAUGUAUGUUAACUAAUUUUUAAAGAUACAUACGAAACUCUUAAAAUUCAUUUUUACAAAGCAAUGUGUCAACACGUUAACAACAAACAUACUGAGAAUAAACUCAUUAUUUUACUGUCAAGGGAACAUCGAGCAAUAAAUAUGUGACUGGAAUCAUAUCAGAUAGGAGGCUUUCUGGAGUAGUCAAAUUUGUGCUGAUUACAGAAGGUCUAAUGGGCCUAAUGCUCCCAUUAGAGUUCUGCUAAAACAGUGAUUCCCCACUGGUUGCAGAGGUGGUGGCUCAGGACAUGGGUGCUUACGAUCUAUGAUCGGUCCGGGUUCCACCUCUACCAGCUAUGUGACCUUGGACAAGUGCCACAGCCUCUUUUAUGCCGCAGUUUUCUCAUCUGCAAAAUUAAGAUACUAUUGGCACCUGCUUCAUAGGGCUGUUGUGAAGGUUAAAUGAGAUAAUUGGUAUAAAGUGAAUAGAACCAGGCCUGGCACAAAGUGAGCACUCAAUACAUGUUAGCGGCUAUCGUUAUGAUUACUAUUAUUAUCAUUAGAUUCAGGGACCAUUCCAGCUGCCCUUCCUGCAGAUCCCGAACCUGGUGUUGGGGGCUCCGGAAAGGAACAGUAGGGAAGAACGUCUGUCCUGAACCGCCUCCCUCCUGAGGCCCCCAUUUUCCUCUCCACCCUGGCCCGCCCAGCCCCAGCCCUGCUUCCUGUGGACGUCAGGCAGUGAUGCUCUUCCCCUCAGGCCUAGAUAAAGGUAGGGUGGGCAAGAUGCAGCCACUGAGCUUGCAGAAGUCCGCACCAGGCACCCGGCUGACGAGGGCACAAGGUAUGGUGCCGAGCACACAACACUGCCUUGUACGUGGCUACAAGAUGAAUGUUUGUGAGACGUCACAGAAUUUUGAAGAGGUGAGGCAACGGACGGUAACAGGCUCCAGCUGCAGCUUCACCUGUCCUCUUGUUCUCUCCUCCAAGGUAGCGGGGACUCAUCUCUGGAGAAGGAGUUCCUCGGGGCCCCAGUGGGGCCCUCGGUGAGCACCCCCAACAGCCAGCACUCUUCUCCCAGCCGCUCACUCAGUGCCAACUCCAUCAAGGUGGAGAUGUACAGCGAUGAGGAGUCAAGCAGACUGCUGGGGCCAGAUGAGCGGCUCCUAGAAAAGGACGACAGUGUGAUCGUGGAAGACUCGUUGUCAGAGCCCCUGGGCUACUGUGAUGGAAGUGGGCCAGAGCCUCACUCCCCCGGGGGCAUCCGGCUGCCCAACGGCAAGCUCAAGUGUGAUGUCUGCGGCAUGGUCUGUAUCGGACCCAAUGUGCUCAUGGUGCAUAAGCGCAGCCACACCGGUGAAAGGCCCUUCCACUGCAACCAGUGUGGUGCCUCCUUCACCCAGAAGGGGAACCUGCUGCGCCACAUCAAGCUGCACUCUGGGGAGAAGCCUUUCAAAUGUCCCUUCUGUAACUAUGCUUGCCGCCGGCGUGAUGCGCUCACUGGCCACCUCCGUACACACUCGGUCUCCUCCCCCACAGUGGGCAAGCCGUACAAGUGUAACUACUGUGGCCGCAGCUACAAACAGCAGAGUACCCUGGAGGAGCACAAAGAGCGGUGUCACAACUACCUACAGAGUCUCAGCACUGAAGCCCAAGCUCUGGCCGGCCAACCAGGUGACGAGAUACGUGACCUGGAGAUGGUGCCAGACUCCAUGCUGCACUCAUCCUCUGAGCGGCCAACUUUCAUUGAUCGGCUGGCCAACAGCCUCACCAAACGCAAGCGCUCCACCCCCCAGAAGUUUGUAGGUGAAAAGCAGAUGCGCUUCAGCCUCUCUGACAUCCCCUAUGAUGUGAACUCGGGGGGCUAUGAGAAGGAUGUGGAGUUGGUGGCACAUCACGGCCUGGAGCCUGGCUUCGGAGGCUCUCUGGCCUUUGUGGGGGCAGAACAUCUGCGUCCCCUCCGCCUUCCACCUACCAACUGCAUCUCAGAACUCACACCUGUCAUCAGCUCUGUCUACACCCAGAUGCAGCCCCUCCCUGGUCGACUGGAGCUUCCGGGAUCCCGAGAAGCAGGUGAGGGACCCGAGGACCUGGCCGAUGGAGGCCCCCUCCUCUACCGGGCCCGAGGCCCCCUGACUGACCCCGGGGCAUCCCCCAGCAAUGGCUGCCAGGACUCCACAGACACAGAGAGCAACCACGAAGAUCGGGUUGGGGGGGUGGUAUCCCUCCCUCAGGGUCCCCCACCCCAGCCACCUCCCACCAUUGUGGUGGGCCGGCCCAGUCCUGCCUACGCCAAAGAGGACCCCAAGCCGCAGGAGGGGUUACUGCGGGGCACCCCGGGCCCCUCCAAGGAAGUGCUCCGGGUGGUGGGCGAGAGCGGUGAGCCCGUGAAGGCCUUCAAGUGUGAGCACUGCCGAAUCCUCUUUCUGGACCAUGUCAUGUUCACCAUCCACAUGGGCUGCCAUGGCUUCAGAGACCCUUUUGAGUGUAACAUCUGUGGUUACCACAGCCAGGACCGGUACGAAUUCUCUUCCCACAUUGUCCGGGGGGAGCACAAGGUGGGCUAGCCACCUACCGCCCUCCCCUCAGUCCACCACUUCACUGCCCUACCUACAGGAGUCUAGCUCUGUCCCCACUUCAUCCCAAGGAGUUUUGCUCGGUAGCCUAGACCACUGGCUACCUGACUUCACACUUGGCCCUGACCCCUCCUCACCUAUUCUCCUCUACCCUGACUUAAGCAUUGUGAUGAAACAGGCCUUUUCGAUUAUGUUUCUCCUCUUCCUCUUCUCCUCUCAUCCCAGCAUAUUCAGAGUUAUUUAUUAAUAUAAUUUGUGGAUUUUUCUUUUGCUUUUUUCUCUUAACUUUUAUCAGUCACUUGCCACUCCCCCACCCUCCGGCCCACAGACCCCUCCCACUUUAGGCCUAAUUUUUCUUCCUUUGAUCCAGCUUUCUCUAACAGCCCUCGGGGUAGGAAGCUCCUCUUGGUCCUAAGAGUUCUGAGCUUCUUGUGUUAAGUCCUCACCUUUUGCAUUAUCUUUCUUUUUGAUGCUGAUAACUCCCUCUGGCCCUACCUGAGCUCUGUGGCAUUAUAUCUCCUCUCUGGGACCCUUCAACCUGGUACUCCAUACCUCUUGUGCCCUCUCACGUUAGGCAGCUUGCACUAUGCUUGAAAAAUGAAGAAUUUCCUCAUUGGGAAGUAGGAGGGGCUGAAGAAAUUCUCCCCAGGCACUGUGGGACUGAGGGUCCUCUUGACGUUCCUCUAGUAAUAUGAGUUCCUCUAGUAAUAUGAGUUCCUCAAAGCCCACAUUUGGGAAUCUCCCUCUGGGAUGUGAUCUAUCUCUUCUCUCCUCAAACAACCCCCAACACUGCUACUCUCUUCAACCUGCCAGUCUACUCAGUGGUGGUUUUUCUCUCCUUGGAGUGCCCCAAUUUUAUAUUCUCAGGGGCCAAGGCUAGGUCUACAGUCCUGUCCCUGACAUGUUGGGAGCCACAGGUGCCUAAUUGGGAACCAGGGCAUGGGAAGGGGGUGGGUUAAAAUUCUUCUUUCUCUUCCACCUCUAAUCUUCUUCACUCUAGUGACCUUCCUAGGCUCUCAGGGGCUCCUGCCGUCCCUCUCCUAUGAGAAACUAGUGGGUUGCUGCCUGAUGAUAAGGGGUUAUCUCAACCCCUCAGUCAUGCUGCCUUCUUCUUCUCCCCCCUGCAGGAUUCACCCUCAUUCCCAGGCUUCUGGGCCCUGUUCUUAGGAUCAGUGGCAGGGAGAAAAGGGUGUCUCUUUUCUCCUAAUUUUCAGUAUAACCAAAAAUUAUCCCAGGACGAGGAAGGGCAUUUGCCCCUCACCUCAUUCCAUUCUUGUCCCAGCAAGAAUGGGAUGGGCACAACUGAACUGGGGGUCAUCCUCUACUGCCCCCUUCUACACUCAGUUCCCAGAUGUAGGGCAGGAGGGGGCAUGCUCCUCCUGGCCACAGCAGAGAUCCCUGGCUUUUUGGGUAACCUAGUUAGUGAGAAGGGGGCAGGAGGAGAUACGGCUCCACUGUGAGUGGAGGUCUCGUUCUACAAGCGUUUUCUGCCCAAGGCCACAGCUAUCCCAUUCUCUGCUUCCUUGAGAUUCAAACCAAAGGCUGUUUUUCUAUGUUUAAAAAAAAAAAAAAAAAAAAGAAAGUAAAAAACCAAACACAACACCUCACAAGUUGUAACACUUGGUCCUUCUCUCUCUCUCCUUUUCUCUUCCCUUCCAUCUUUCUUUCCAUAUGUCCUUUCCUUAUUGGCUCUUUUGCCUCCUACUUUUCUCACUCCCUAUCAGGGAUAAUUUAGGGGGAUGGUGAAGGGUUGGCUAAGGAACAGACCCUGGGAUUGGGGCUCCUAAGGGCUCUAGGAAGAGUCUACCUUACCCUCUAUGGGAAGGGAGACCUUAGAAAAACUUUUCUCCCUUCUUUUUCUCCCCCAUUAUGUAGUCUCCCUAAGAGAACCAGAUUGUCAAGGAGGGGCUUUGUGGGUUGAUGGUUCCUCCUUGACAAUGUAGCAAUAAACAGAUGUUGCCAAGGGCAGAGGAUGGGGGAGUUAGCUGGAAGGAGAGUGGUCUCUAGAGAAGGGGAGAGUCUUCUCAACAGUACCCCAGGGAACUGGCUCCUUCUUUCAGGAUGGCAGCAGAGCUGAGAUUAAUAUCUAGGGUCUUCUCAACUGUUCUGGUUAUUGAGCCCCUUCCUGUUAGACCUACCCCUUACCACCUCUUUUGCGUCUGCUAUGUACUUGGUGACACCUCAUAAGGACUAGUCCCUUCUAGGGUAUCAGAGCCUUAGGUUGCCCCUGUCCCCUCCCCCAGUCAGCUCUGGCACCUGUAACCUCCUGGAACAUGAAGGACUAUGCUCUGAGGCUAUACUCUGAGCCCAUGAGAGCAGAGACUGGAAGGGCAAGACCAGGUGCUAAGGAGGGGAGAGAAGGGCACUCUGUCUCUCUCCAGACCAUCACUGCACUUUAACCAGGGUCUUAGGUACAAUAUCCUACUUUCCAGAGCCUUCCAGGUCUGGAAACUCAAACAUCCUCAUGCUCUCUCCCAGCUCCUUUUGCAUAAAAAAAAAGUAAAGAAAAAGAAAAAAAAAACAAAAACAUUGAAACCCACAUGGAGAAAAGAGGUGUUUUCCUUUUAUAUUGAUAUUCAAGACCAACACCACACAAGAAAAUUUCUAAAUAGACACUUUUCCAGACCUUUGUUUUUUUGUGUCAGUGUCCAAGCUGCGGAUGGGAUUUUGUAAUACUUUCAGCAGCUUAUUUCCUUGUGUACAUAAUAUAUAUAUAUUAUAUAUAUUUUUAAUCAGAAGUUAUGAAGAACAAAAAGAAAAAAAAUAAAACACAGAAGCAAGUGCAAUACCACCUCUCCUCUCUCUCUCUCCCAGGGUUUCAUUUGUAGCCUAUGCUUGGUGUCUCCUUGGACCUUACCCUUUCACCUCCCCCUCUUCCUUUGGUUCUCCCUCCCCCUUUUUUUAAAGGGUUUUUCUCCUUUCUCAAGGGGAGUUAAACUAGCUUUUGAGACUUAUUGCAAAGCAUUUUGUAUAUGUAAUAUAUUGUAAGUAAAUAUUUGUGUAACGGAGAUAUACUACUGUAAGUUUUGUACUGUACUGGCUGAAGGUCUGUUAUAAAUAAACAUGAGUAAUUUAACACCC